AUGGCUCCACUCUCAACAGUGAAGGUUACCAAAGAGAAACUCAACAUUGCUCUAUCAUGGUUUGAUGAGUUGGGCUCAAGCCUUGGCAUGGAGGAAUGUGACAGAGUCCUUGAUUCACAAGUCUUGGAGCCAUUGGCUGGAGAUCAUACCCAAGACACAGCUGAUGCAGUUGUAGAAGGCCUGGAAACUGCUGUAAGAUAUUAUGAUCUGAUUCAUUCUCAGGAAUGCUGUUUUGAACUUGUACACCAACUCCUGGAGAAAUCACCUACCAGCUUCAGCGAAGAGUCUCUCAGGAAACUUGUUUUGCUCAUUAAAGGCCAUGAAAUCUGCCGCACUUCUCUCAUGGUAGUUCUGAAGACGUUCUUGCCAGAAUCCAUGACAAGUGAACAACAGGAGUUGUUGAUUCAGAAUGGAAUCCUGCAUCAUUAUCUGAAGAGCCAAAUUUUACUGAAAAGGGUUGUGGAGAUAGUGAAUGAAACAAAUAUGUAG